AUGACAUCUGCUAUACAUUGGCAACAGCAACAUAUCCACGAACCUUCUCCCCAUCAUCAACAACAACAACAGCACCAUCGCCAUCGUGCAUGGGAGGAUGAUCGAUUUCGUGAUAUCCCUGUGGAGGAAGAGGAAGAAGAAAAUGAGGAAGAAGAUGAAGAUGAUGAAGGAAUGAUUAUUGAGGAUGCAUCAUCCAUGUCGUCUUCACCCAGUAUUCCUGAUGAGAACAUCAAUUUUGAUCUCGUUUAUGCAUUACAUACAUUUGUGGCUACAGUGGAAGGCCAAGCAUCCGUUGUCAAAGGAGAUGCCUUGAUAUUGAUGGAAGAUACCAACAUUUAUUGGUGGCUCGUAGAGGUGCUUAAAACUCGAGAGGUUGGAUACAUUCCUGCAGAGAAUAUCGAGACACCUUAUGAACGACUCGCUCGUCUCAACAAGCAUCGCAACGUUGAAAUCACUUCACCAGCCGCCACUGACGACGCUGACCCAACACCCAAAUUCAACUCAAAGAAUGUGACCAUUGCAGGCGACGAUGCUACGCGUGUGAUCCACUAUGAAGUUGAGAGCGAAGACGAAGGCGACAAUGACACCGAUAACGACAACGAUGAUGACGACGAUGACGACGACUUUCAAGACGCCCAUGACAGUGUCGAUACAGCAGACGAGAUUACACCAGCACCUGAAAUGGCGUCAUUGACUGUUCCUGAAGCUAGCAGUGGUGGUGGCAGUGGCAGUGGAUCGAAUCAUAGUGGGGAAGUGCAUGAGCCUUUACGUGUAUUUGCUGGCAACAUUGGACAAGAAGCACCUCUCUUUCAUACCUUUUCAAUUGAUCUAUCAACAACGGCUGAUGAAUUGGUCAAGGAUGCAGUAUCACGUUUUGCAUUGGAUCUUGCAGCAACCGAAGGAACCAUCAUUGAAUACUAUAUUGCUGUUCAAGGACUUGAUGGAGAUGAUUACGUGCUAUCUCCUCAGGAUAAGCCAUUAUCCAUCUUCAAGACAUUGACAGCUCCAUUGACCACGCCAAUGCCUUCUGUAUCGCAUAUCAAGCAACCUCAGGCUAAUACGGGAUCGGGAGCCCUUGGCAACGAGAAUCGAUCACGACGUCCACGUUCAAGCAGCUUCAGUAACUACGAGCAGACGUCGUAUGAUGAGGAUUCGGUGAUACGCUUUUAUUUGCAUCGACGUAUCAAGCGAGCUCAUGAAAGGGAAGGGAUCUUUUACAUCAAAGUGUCUCUUUAUCCUGACGACGGGGUGAAUUCGAAUGCCAACAUGCCAUCCAAUGAUCAGGGACAUGCUUUCACGACCAACCCAACACCCAUCACCACGACCCCCUCGGGAAAAAAGAAAAAGCUCAUGGCGUCACGGCAAGAGAUUGAUCGAAUUGAUAAGAUUAUGCCUGUCAAGCAAGAUCAGCAAAUUGGUUCAGUUAUCAAUAUGGCUUUGGAGAAAUUUCAUGUGCCGGAUGCAGAGGCAGAUGGUUUACCCUCAUCGCUUGGGCCAACAGAAAGGUGCUUGACAAAGUAUCGAAUGUCAGUGAGAGCCGUGAAUGGUGUCGAGACUCCUCUGGAUCCAAGGGAUCACAUGGCAAGCGCAUUGCAUCACCAGCAACAAACAUCCCCUGUUACAAGUGAUCUUUUGUUCAUCCUCCGUCGGGCUGAUUCUCUUCAUUAUCGUAAGCCGCAUCCACAUCCACCUCCUCUUUUAUCACCUAUUGGUGGUGGUGGUGGGAAACCUGGUGACUUUGACAAUGGUUCUUCUACUAGUGGCGGUGCCCUUGGCAAUGAUAGUGCGAUGAUGAUACCAGAAGAGCGACGUCCUAGUAUCCUUGAUAUUCUUAUGGAUUCACCAAGAUCAGCGGACCAUCGAACGGGCUUUUUAAAUUCGCCCAUGGAUGACAGGAGACCUUCUUUUCCGAGUAGCUUGUCGAGUCAGGAACGCAAAUCAUCCCUGACACCCUAUCAAGGGACAAGCACAGCUGGUGGUGUUGGUGGUGGUGGUGGUAAUCAUGGCACUUUAGGGGAUAGCUGGGCUCCGCAUUCACCAAGCACAAGCUCUUUAUCUCCUCCAACACCUGGUUUUCGUCGCACCUCUGUCAUGUCCUCAUCCAAUAUUUCUGCUACAAGCUCAGUUUAUUCAGAUUACGAUAACAACAACAACAACACUGCACUUGAUAUGAAGCAUUCAUCCACUGAACCAUCCACUCGUAAAAAGGAGAACUCUUUGAAGCAACAACUCAAGCGUCUUGUUGGUUGGGGCUCCAAGACAAAAAAGAAUCCACCACCACCUCUUCAACAACAGCAACAACAUCACCAUGGUUCAACAGCUAGCUUGGGACAUCCUAAUACACCUGCAACAAUGGCCAACGAGUCUUCGCUUAGUGUCAAGCCUAUCCAGAAUCAUGCCUCGUCAUCCCAAGUAAGCGUUGUAUCAGCACCACCUACACCUUUGACACCUACACCACACUCUGGCCAAACCAAGGUACAACCCAAGAUCACUUCUGCUACGGCACCAUCCACCCCCAUUGCUUCCAAUACUCCUUUUUCACCCGUCAAAGCGAAUACGCCUGAUCAACAACCUGUGGUGAAUGAAUCAGCCGUAUCAGCAGCGACAUCAAGUACCUCUUCCUUAUCUUCCUCAGAUGAUGAUGAUGACGAUGAUGAUAUCGAUGUCAAGGAGCCUAUUGAAUUGAGUGAUGAUUCUUCUUCAGAGGAUGAGGAUGAUUCGGAUGACGAUGGAUUAUCAACCAUGAGCCGCAACAAAGCAUUACCCAAUAAGCCUGGAGAGAACAAUGAGAUCCAAGCACAAUAUACCAUGUGGAUGGAUAGCCAACAAGGUGAUGAUAAUACCCCCAAACGGGAGAGCAAGACCGAAUUUGUUGAGCCGCCAUUGCCACCCCUUCCAGGUGAAUCAUCAAACUCAUCACCCUCGAGUAAUACUUCCUCACCUCCUGGUGCUGCUGGUGCUGCUGCUGUAGAUGGAAGUUCCAGUUUAUCCCCACCAUCCUCCUUGUCUUCUUGUUCUACAACGCCAUCUCAACAACAACAACAACAACAAGCAUCGACUACGGCUACUACUACCACAGGUGGUGGUGGUGGUGAUGGCAAUGGAUUGGAUGAUUUAUUCUUAUUGGUGACACGUGGUGUGGAUUAUCUCCAAAGUCGAGAAAGCAGCAAAUGGGAUGAUGAAGGUGGAUAUGAUUUUCAUCCAUGGAAUCGACCGGAUGGUUCAUUUGUGAUUCGCAAAAAGCCUGAACCACCACAGCCUACAUUGACAUCUUCAUCUUCUCAAUCCAACACCAAUGAACAGCAACAUGCAGAUCAUCAUGCAACGGAGUCAAUAACAUCAUUAUCCCAACAUGAGGAUUCGAGUUCCACUGCCACUUCUACUACCAAUGAUCAAGUACCACCAGCAAGAUCCAAUAGCACUAGCAGCAGCAGCAAUAACAACAAGGUAGCCAAGGCUCCUUCGGUUCAUCAUCAACGACAAGCACCACCACAGCCUUCAUCAGCAGCUGCAUCAACAACAUCGGGAGCUCCUGCACAACAAAACGAGGCAUUGAUUGACGAGCAAGAGCUUCAACGCAUUGUCGCUGCUCAUAUUGUCUUUUGA